GUUGUAUUCUUUACUCAGUGCUGGGUCGUAGCCAGGUAUCAGACGAGGCUAGCAGCGAGAUCUUUGCGCCGUUAACAUGAGGAGCUCAGAGGCCUCGAACAGAGACCUAGUAAUCCUGUAUGAAGAGGAAGCAGAAGAGUGGAGUGCAUAUUUGAAACAUAUUUUCCUGGAGCAAUUAAAUCCACAAAGUAUCCACUGCUUUAAAGUUGGAUGUCCCAAUGAUCUGAAAGUUGCAACUUCUAAUCUGACCGCCUACAGAUGCAAAUUCCUGGUGCUCACUCCUGGUUUCCUAACUGCACUGACGACCCCAACGAGAAUCCACCUCAGUAAGAUUUUGCAAACUUCUGAUGAAGUGGUGUUGUUGCUCUGCGGAGUACCAAAUUCUGAUGAAUUCUACAAGCUACUGUCUGUACCAAGAGGGAUCUGUGAGCUCUCGAGCAUUCAGAAUGCUCAAGACUAUCUGUCUGCUGUCAUCAGCAUCCUCAGUUCAGGAUCUAGUCAACCACAUGAAUACCCAGAGCGAGAGCUGUGCUUGGAAGAGUACAAUGCUCCUAAAGAUGCAACAUUAGAUUCAUUUGUAGAAUCAGGCGUCAAUGAUUGGCAGCAGUAUAUGGGUCCAAGAGAAGAUCCACUUGGAGGACCUGGUAUUAAUAAUUCCAGUACUGUGCAUGUGUUGGUGAUACCAAAUCGGAUACAGUGCAAAAGCCCAAGUGAGAUAUACGUGCUGCUGAAAGAUGGUGUUUCACUCCAGGAAAGCCCAGAGAUUGAAUUUCUGUCAAGAACUGAGAAAAUGAAGGUUCGACCAACUAUUUGGAACAGUCAAACACUUUGUGUAAAAGCUCUCGAUCUCCCUGCUGGCCCAGUGACAAUGAACCUUUAUUGUGGAGGUGUAAGGAUAGCCCAGGCUGAAGUUUUGUACUACACUCCAAUGGAAGAAAUUGAACGAUUGCUAAUAAGAACAGCUGAUCCAAUGGAAUUCAUCUGUCAGGCGUUUCAGAUUAACUCCAAGGAUCAAUUGGAUCAGCUCCUCACUCAAUCUCUCCGUAAUUCACUACCACCCAGUGGACUUGGUGCUUUCCAAAUCCUUGGAUCUAAUGACAGAACUGAACACAGCAAUCUGGAACAUGGCCAUGAGUUCCCAACACUGCUCCAUUUUGCAGCCAAGAAUGGACUAGAGAAUCUUGUCACUCUGCUUCUAGAAUGUCCGGGAUCAGCCCAGGCCUCCACAGUUCUGAAUGUUUAUGGAGAAGACCCGAGAGACAUCGCUGAGAAGAAUGGAUUUCAGCAUAUCCAGGAGGUCUUGGAAAAAUUUGCAGUGACAACUGAGAGACACCGGUGGAAGGAAGCAUUCCAGAAUAAUUAUGAUGUUCAACAAUGUGUGGAAAAAGAGAAAGAGGAAAAUAUCUAUGAAAUGAUGGCAGAGUGCAAUAUAAAGAGCUCAGCUAAAGAACGCAUAGAUAUGGGAGAGGAUGACGAAGCAAGGAAUGAGGAGGAUCCAUAUUCUUUAACAAUGGAUGAUGAAGACCCUUAUGAUCUAAUUUUGCCAGAAGACAAAAAGGAAAGUGCUGCCAUCAUUGUGAAGAGGCCACCAGCACCUAUUCCUCGGCCAACAACCCUGCAAUGUGUGGACAACACACCCUUUAUUGCUCAAGUGUUUCAGCAAAAGACUGGAAAAGGAACCACUGACAAAAUCUGCAGUGCCCCCAAAAGAGCUCACAGACCCAAGGUUGAUGAGAAUCUCGUGUACGACACAUUCAGGCCAGAAUACAAUCAAGGACAACAACAGCUGAUCCAUCUGCAGGAAUUGGUCAAGAAGGGAGCUCUCACUGUGAAUGAAGCACAGGAAAGAUUUAAGCAAUGGCAGAUAGAGGAGAAGGAUCAAGAUGCUGCACAACAGGAGAAAUUGCGUAAGCUCCGAGAAAUCAUUGCAAAGGACCGGCAUGAUGUAGAAGAUCUCUAUGAUAAAGUCAAAAUAGUUCAUCCUUCAGAUGAUGGUAGUAAGAAGAUUGAUGACAAUGUGUGCAACAUGCCAGCAGCAAGAAGACAAGAGACUUAUCAUUAUGCAAAACUGGCAAACAUAAAAUAAAAAGAUUUACAGUCUGUGUUUGUGGUUUUCACUGCCAAAGCAAGGACGUGGAAUUUCAGCCAGCUAUACUCUUCAAUCUGCGCAAAUGAAUUAAAGCUUCAGAAGGUUCUAAUCACAGUAACAUUUAACAAAAGGCAUGAAGGUGCAGGACGAUGAUCAACCAUUGACCUGACCUGCAUCAGAUAUUAUUUAUUAUGAGGAUACUGUUCCAUUUUCACUGGAUUUUGUAUGAAAUAUUUUAUGGAGAGAGAGGAGCUAAAACUAUUCAUAAAUAAGACUGUUAUACCCACUCACAUUCAGAAUUAAUCUACAGCGUCGGUACCAUGCUUCCAGUCCAGUCGUAAUGAGGAUUCACGUCAGUAGAAAAGCCCAAGGAAAAUAUUCCAUAAAUUUUAUUUCAUCCGCAAAACAGCUGGUCUCCAAUUGUGAUUUUAUCAAGACAGAAUUCAAGAUUUGUAAACUCUGCAUCUCUAAUGGAUAAACAUUACAUUGAUGUUUUAAUUUUAAUUCCUUCAC